UCCUCAUACAGAGACACCGCACAGCAUAUAUUGCGCAAUAGAGGGCAGAUCCGUCCACCUCCUCGCACGUUUCCGACCAGACCAGAUCGGCCAUUCAUCCAGCAUUUGCUGAAGCUGCAUCAUUCCCAUCGUAGCCCUCAGAGCGCAGCGAUGUUUUCCUGCAGAGCGGCCUGGCAAAGGUGUGGGCCUCUGGCACGGACAGCAGCCCACAGGUUGCCUCGGGAUGUUGUGCAGCGGCGGCCGAUGUCAUCAGUUCCUGGUGGGUCUGGGGAGAACAUAGUGUACGCCCUGCUGUGUGGUGGAGCCUUCGCUGGAGCUGUAACAUAUGCAUACAACACUGUGUCCUCAGACCAUGCUAGGUUCAAUGAGCGCGUUGCAGAAAUCAAAGCUAGACCAAAGACAGAGUGGGUUCCUAAACCAUGGCCACCUAAGAGCAGGGAUGAGGAAGAGGGAGGAGAGGAGGAGGAGGAGGAGGCAGCAGCGGAGGAGGGGGCUGAGGAGGGGGCUGAGGAGGUAGCGGCUGAGGAGGCCGGCGGAGAUGCUGAGGCCGGGGAAGAGGAGGCUGCUGCAGUUGCUGACAGCGAGGCAGAGACUGUAGUGGAGGCAGUCGCUGAGGUUGUCGCAGAGGCUGCUGAGGUCGUCGCAGAGGUGGCAGAGGGCGUGGCCGAGGCUGCACAGGAAGUGGAGGCGGUCGCAGAAGAAGUGGCCCAAGUGGCAGAAGCUGUUGAGGAGGCUGCCCAGGCCGUCGCAGAACCAGCCCCCGUCGCUGCUGAGGAGCCGGAAAGCAACGUGCUGCUGGCAGCUGCCUCUACUCUAGAGGUACCGAAGAUAUCUGAAGUAGUAGAAGAGUUGGCACCCAUUGUUGAAGACGUGAAAGAGGAAGCACCCAAGGAAGAGUCCCCGGCACCAGAAGAGGCAAAGCCUGUUGAAGAAAUUGCACCAGUUGAAGAGGCUCCUGUACCAGCUGUUGAGGAGGCCGUGGCACCAGUGGAGGCUACGCCAGUGGCUGAAGAAACCCCUGUACCAGUAGAAGAGAGCCUGCCAGCAUCUGCUGAGGCUCCAGCACCAGUGGUUGAAGAGGCCCCCGCACCAGUAGAGGCAGCACCAGUGAUUGAAGAGACCCCUGCACCAGUGAUUGAAGAGGCCCCCGCACCAGUAGAGGCGGCACCAGUGGUUGAAGAGACCCCCGCACCUGUAGAGGCGGCACCAGUGGUUGAAGAGACCCCCGCACCUGUAGAGGCGGCACCAGUGGUUGAAGAGGCCCCCGCACCAGUUGAGGCGGCACCAGUGGUUGAAGAAGCCUCGGCACCAGUAGAGGCAGCACCAGUGGUUGAAGAAGCCUCAGCACCAGUAGAGGCUGCACCAGUGGUUGAAGAAGCCUCGGCACCAGUAGAGGCAGCAGCAGUGGUUGAGGAGGCCCCUGCACCAGUAGAGGCUGCACCAGUGGUUGAAGAAGCCUCGGCACCAGUAGAGGCUGCACCAGUGGUUGAGGAGGCCCCUGCACCAGUAGAGGCAGCAGCAGUGGUUGAGGAGACCCCCGCACCAGUAGAAGCAGAUGUUGCCACAGCUCUAGCUGAAGAAGAAGUGGUCACCACCACAGUUGUAGAAGAAGUUGCAGCAGCCCCUGUCGUAGAAGUAGCUAGCCCUCUGGAAGAAGCAGCUGCAGCCCCAGUGGAGACCCUGGCAGAAGACCCCAAGAGAGAGUACAUCGUUGUGGUUCUGGAAGGAACACCUAAAGCAGAAAAACCGCCCAAGGUGUUGGGAGUGGGGCCCAUGAGUGGUAGGAUCAUCCCAGCUCCAGAUGAUGAUGAUGUCCCUGCUUCUGAGGGUAAACGACGUCUUCUUAGGAUGCAAAUGCAGUAGUUCCAAUUAAGUAAACAGCUCCUGAAUGAUGACUUUCUAUCCUGCGGAAGAAGAGGAUGUGCCUUUCUCCAACACUUACCCUUCCUCCUUUUACCCUGAAACACAAGAGACUAAUAUGUAGUUCCAGUGUAAAGACACACACACACAUACUCUAGUGUUUGGAUUAAUGCCUGUUUAACACAAUUAUCAUCCUAACAUGUUAGCAAUGACCCGUUACUGACACUCCACACUGACUCGUAACUCUUGAGCUCCAGAUGAGCCCAGUCAGUACUUCAGAAGAUCUCUGGUUUAUCUUUUAGUUGACUCAAUAACAAUUCUUCUAACAUGUUUUAAAUGCAACCCGUUUACUGCUUUGAACAACACUGAGCCAUUCACUUACUCUCUUACUGUUACAUAGUUUACCACCUCAAAAAUCACUCCAGUGGAAUACCUUGAUACUCAUCAGCACAUCUCGUUAGCCUAACCACUGCCCAGCCGCUUGUGAUGUGAACCUACAGUGUUACCUUUUAAAGCAAGAGGUGUUUUGAGUCACCAGCAUUCUUCACAGUACCCAAGCUCAGGUUCUGCUUGUGCUUCUCUUGGUGUGAAAAUGAACAGCUGGAAAUACUUGCUGUAGUUGUUUUUUUUUUUUAUUUUAUUUUUUUUUUUAAAAUGAAGAUAUACUUUGACCACGCUGGCUCAACAGCCCAUGUAGCUACCUUGUUACCUCAAUUUUCCUUUUGUUUUCAGUCUUUUAAAAUGACACUACAGACCUCUUCCUGAUGCUAUCAGUGUUACACUUCCUAUGGCAACAAGACAGUUUUCUAAGCCAAUAACUUCACUAAGCUCAUUCUUAUUUUUCAGAAGCCGUAAUGUGAUCACCAAAGCAACUUAUCCUAUAAUACUUAUUAUGGCAGGCAUUUGUUGAUUUCCCUUUACUGUUCUUCCUUUGUAAGAGUGUAAUUUAAUACUGAAACAGAAGAAAACUGCUGCUGCACUGUAUUCAUCAGGUCAAAACUCUCAAGCAUUCUCCCUUAUGGCCACACCCCAGCUGCUCAUGUCACAGCAGGUAUUUUUCACCCUUAACUUCUGUUGGAAAACACCAGUUAUGACAUCACUGAUUGGGAUGUGGCCAGAAAGGAAACACAAUUGAAAGUUUCCCAAGAUCAUGCAAGAAUCCUGUUCUGUGUAACAAAUCAACUGGUGUGUCAGGCUUGACUCAUAGAGAGCAACACAGCAGGUGUUUUUACUUCCCUAUAUUCAGUGUAGAAUUACCUUUUACACAUACAAUAGGUGAGUGUGUUCCUCCUCAGCUUUGUAGACAAUCUAAUUCAUAUACAGUGAAUGUAGAAAAUAUUAGGGACAUCUUCCUGAUAUUAAGUUGCAACCGCUUUUGCACAAUCCACAUCUCAAUAAUGUUAAAAGUCCUUCUCACAUCCUCUUUAUCCACAUCUCCUCCUUUAGCCAUAGGAAACUCAGUAAAGGAUAAUGUUUCAACCUAGAUUGAUGAUCAGUGUUUAUAUUUUGAAAAUGUACAUUAAAGGUAUAGUUCAGUGUCCUAGUUUAGUCAGGAAACGUUAGUGAGUUGGAUUGGGGGAAUGCAUAAGCAGCAUCAUGUUCUUUCAGUGUUUGUCUUCUGUUCUUUCAAAGCUUUUCUUUUCUGUGUGGAUGCGUAAUUUAAAGGCUUACUGCAAGUACGAACAGUCAUGAUAUUGAUGUGCUGGUGUGACAUGAAAUUUGUGUGUUUGGGAAGUGUUUAAGUAUGUCUGAAGAAAAGUCUCCAGUGUGAAAUGCUUUGACAGCUCUGUUUUUCUCUCUUUCUCUCUACUAUCAAACCUCUGGCUCUGUUAGCUUGGUGUUUGGGAAAAGGUCUGAGAUCACUGAGGUAUGAAUUGGACUUGAAUGUUAGUAUGUAUCUUAAAAAUGGAAAUUAGAUUUAGAAAAUGACACUCUGUCCUCAGUGCUUGCAGGCUGUUUUCCAUAACAGGAUAUGAAUGCAUGCCUUUGAUUUGGCAAAGGACAGAAACUGUGACUGUUAGACACAUGAUUAUUUUUCUUGUUUUUGCAAAAUAAAGAGGGAUUUAAAAGCA